AUGGACACACGACAUGGAGUAGUGGUUAUUACUUUCCUGGCCUUCUUCAUGCAAGUUGUGGUGGAAGCAACAUCUUGGUGGUCUCUGGCUAUGAAUCCACUGCUGAUUCCUGAAGCUUACAUCAUAGGUGCACAGCCGCUCUGCAGUCAACUGGCAGGUUUGUCCAAAGGACAAAAAAAGUUGUGCCAGCUCUACCAGGAUCACAUGCAGUACAUUGGUGAGGGAGCCAAGACGGGCAUCCGUGAGUGUCAGUAUCAGUUCCGCCACCGCCGCUGGAACUGCAGCACCGUGGAUAAUUCCUCAGUGUUUGGCCGUGUGGUGCAGAUUGGAAGUCGUGAGGCAGCAUUUACAUAUGCGAUCAGUGCGGCAGGUGUCGUGAACGCAGUGAGCCGAGCAUGCAGAGAGGGGGAGUUGUCAAGCUGCGGGUGUAGCAGGGCGGCUCGGCCCAAGGAUCUUCCCAGGGAUUGGCUCUGGGGAGGAUGUGGAGACAACCUGAACUAUGGGUACCGCUUCAGCAAAGAAUUUGUGGAUGCACGUGAGCGAGAGAAGACCCAUGAAAAGAGCUCCAUGGAGAGCGCACGGCUCUUGAUGAACCUACAUAACAAUGAAGCGGGACGGAGGACCAUUUACAACCUGGCCCACGUAUCAUGCAAGUGCCAUGGCGUUUCAGGUUCAUGCAGCCUAAAGACAUGCUGGCUACAACUAGCUGAUUUCCGCAAGGUGGGCGACGCACUGAAGGAGAAGUAUGACAGUGCUGCUGCUAUGAAGCUAAAUGCCCGGGGCAAGCUGGUACAGGUACACUCCAAGUUCAACCCACCCACCAGCAACGAUCUGGUAUACGUGGAGCCGAGUCCAGACUACUGUAUGCAGAACCGCAGCACAGGCUCACUGGGUACACAUGGACGCCUGUGCAACAAGACCUCUGAGGGCAUGGAUGGCUGCGCGCUCAUGUGCUGUGGCCGUGGCUACGACCAGUUUAAGGCCACACUUGUUGAACGCUGCCACUGCAAAUUUCACUGGUGCUGCUACGUCAAGUGCAAGCGCUGCUCACGGGUCGUAGAUCAGUUUGUGUGCAAAUAG